AUGGGUCCCUUCCAACUGGAGAUAUUUCUUGAUUGUAAGUCAACCACUGAUGGAGUGGCAGGUAAUGUCGAGCUGUGGGAUGAAGACAAGGUGACCAUUGUCACCUGGUCCAUAGGCCGACAACUGGAAGACCAAUUGCAGCUUGCAGACUCUGUGGCACUCUGUUGUGCACAAGAAAAAGUAGUGUCCUUACUGUUUCUUUUAUCUUCUACAGGCAAUUUUGACGACUUCAGCUUAGAAGAUGCACUUGGAGAGAUAAAGACGACAAAGAAGCCUCUUCCAUCUCAGAAGACACCACCACAGGACUUUGAUGAUUUUAACUUGGAUGAUGCUCUUCAUCCUGAUGGUCCCAAGCCAAAUCCUCCUGCAAAACCUAGAGACACUGAUAACCCCAAGCGAGAUCAACCUAAAGACACUGGCACAUUUGAUGAUGCAGAUCUGCUUGAUGGCAAUUCGCCAAAAGGAGGAGGUGAUGGGAGUGGCAGCAAUGAACGAAGGGGCCAAACUCCAAAUAAUGGCCAAGAAGAUGAGGGUUCUCAGGGAGCAAUAGCUGGAAUUGUGAGUGCUGUGGCUGCUACUGUAAUUGGAGCAGUAUCUAGUUUCAUUGCUUACCAGAAGAAGAAACUCUGUUUCAAACAAAGCGAUGAAGAGAAUGUGAAUAUGGAUAGCCAUAGGGGAGCACAAUCUGAGCCACCUGUUCAGCGCACACUUCUGGAGAACUAAAUUAAAGAAAACGUGAUGAAGAACAGAUCUUGAAACUGGAUAGAGAGCCUGCCUUCUGCCUGAAAAAAAAAAAAAAGGACACAAAAAAAGCAUAAAGUAAACAGCAGAGUCUGAAGUUGCAUUAGAAAACUGUUCUUGUUUGAAACAUCUCUGGGAGUGUGACUUAGACCUGAGUACUUCUGUAUGGUUAGCCCUG